AUGAACAGGCCACGCAAUCGUCAGCCUCGACCCUCUGGACAAAACCAGCCCCGAGGCCGGGGCCGGGGAGGGAGAUCCUCAAACUCGGGUCGACGGGCACCUGGGACACCGCAGCAAGCAGCUGGGACUGUACCAACGUCUAGACAGGUGGUGCCUGGUGCCGCAGUUUUUAUCAUUCUAAAAGAAGACCAGCCGACAGGCCGGGAAACACAAGGAGUUGUUCAAGAUGUCCUCACAUCGGGAGAUCAUCCUCGCGGCAUUAAAGUCAGAUUACGGAACGGCCAAAUAGGUAGAGUGCAAAGGCUUGAUGACGGGUCUUCUGAGCCGUCAAAUGGGGGGACAACGUGGGCUCCGAGCCCUUCAAAUGUGUCGAGUUCAAGAUUCAGCAGCCGAUAUACGGACAUCAGAAAUGAUGAAGACUUUGAGUAUUUGGAGGGGCCGCCGCCGAGAAAUCUGGCAGACUUUAUGCCGGAUUUAGAUCCGCCAACAACCAGCACAUCUUCUAGUGAAGCCGGAGGUGCUCGCUUAGAUGAAAGCACUGUUGUUUGCCCGAUGUGUGAGGCGUUUGAAGGAGACGAAGCUGCGGUUACGCACCACCUGGAUCGAGAACACCUUGGAUGA